AUGACUAUGCAAGCUCUUCAGAGACUCUAUCUAACUCAAAAUAGGCUAAAAGGCUCAUUUCCAGAUAUGGUCUGCAAACUAGGGAAUUUGGGUUUGAUAAGUUUACAAAGAAAUGAUUUUUCAGGUCCAAUUCCGGGUUGUUUAGGGAACGUUUCUUCCCUGAGAGAGAUCUAUCUGCCUGAAAAUGAAUUCAUUGUCUUCCCUCCUACCCUCUGGAGCCUUCAAAAUCUUUUGAGGCUAGAUUUGCAUUCUAAUAACUUGAGGGGUUCUAUACCUCGGGAAAUCGGGAAUGCAAAAACGGCAAUACUCAUUGAUCUGUCACAUAACAAACUAUCCGGGGAAAUUCCCAGUACCAUUGGAGGUUUGAUAGCGUUAAUGAAUUUUUCUGUGGCUCAUAACACAAUCCAAGGUUCUAUUCCUGACACUUUUGGCAAACUAAUGGAUCUACAUUCCUUGGAUCUUUCUUAUAAUAAUUUCUCCGGAAUAAUUCCCAAGUCAUUGGAGGGACUUAUAAGCAUGAACUAUUUCAAUGUUUCACACAAUAGAUUAACCGGAGAAAUUCCAAGUGGAGGCCCUUUUGCCAACUUCACCUAUGAAUCAUUCUUGUCAAACGAUGGUCUAUGUGGUACUCCUCGGAUGCAUCUCCCACUUUGUCCUACCAAUCCUCUGCAUACAUCAAAGAAGAACAGAGUGGUUCUCAUUGUACUUGUCUCACUCGCACUUCUUGUAGUGCUAGUUGCCUCUGCUACUGUACGUAUACUUGAUUUUCAAGAAGCACAGUGGGGAGCUUCCCAGUCAACUUGA